AUGAAGACUCUGCUGAGCGUAAUUGCUGUUGUACUUGCUGCAUUAACUGUUGUGAAUGGAGGGUCUCAAAAUUGCGUAGAUCCACCACAUAAUAUCAUUAACAAGAAUUACAACACAAAUCUAGAAAAUGUGACCACCGUUCAGAUUCGAUCAGAGUACAUUAAAACCAGAAGAUAUCGGGUUGCAGGUGACACAAGUUGCAAGGCUGGUGGACGCAGAUACGGUAAACACGCAGUUUGUCCAGUCUACUAUGUCCUGAACACUGAUGUAAACCGAAUUCCUCAACGCCAAUAUGAACAGAUAUGUUCAUGUUCCAGUCCACCAACCAGCGAUGGUGGAGUAUCCCUUGUUGAAUGCAGGGCCGUUAUUAAGCAUUUACCUGUCCUACGAAGAACUGGUUGUGCUGGUGGUAUCUACAACUUCACCCUUACGUUAGAAGCAUUCCAGACCGGUUGUGAAACUGUUCAACCCAACAUCCGAUACGUUCCUGUCGAUACCCCCAAAUCACCGGAGUAA